AUGCUCCCUCUCGCCCCACUCCUCGCCAUCUCGCUCAUCGCUUCCUCCUCCUCGCUCGAGCAGACUUCGCUCACAGCAGGGUCACUCUUCGCAAUCCCAUCGAGGCCACCCGAGUGUCCGCCUUGCAACCCUUUCAACUGCGUCCUGCCCGCUUUCUCCUGCUUGAACAACGGCGAAUGCAACGACUACAACGGACAAUGUAUCUGUCCCCCCGGUUUUGGCGGCGAAGACUGCUCGAAGCCUCUGUGCGGAUCGCUGGCGGACGGGUCGGAGAGGUAUCCCCGCGAGGGCGAUACGUGCGAGUGCAAGGACGGGUGGGGAGGGAUCAACUGUAACGUCUGCGAGACGGACGAAGCGUGCGAAGACCUCCUCGCCCGCGACCCCGCUUCGUCACUCCGCCCUUCGGGGCCGAAGGAAGACGACCUCGACAAGGCUGUCUGCUAUAAGGAGGGCUACGGCGUCAAGGAGGUAUACCAGAUGUGCGACGUCACCAACCGCAAGAUCCUCGACAUGCUCCCCAACCGCCCUCCACAAGUAACAUUCACCUGCGACAUGCCCUCCCAGACCUGCGGCUUCCAAUUCUGGAUCGGACGCGUCGAGUCGUUCUAUUGCGGCCUCGACAACUGCACGGUCAAGCACGACGUUGGGUUCGAGGCGAACUCGACAGAGUAUAGGUGUGAGAAGGUGAGGUGCGCUUGCAUUCCGGGGAGGAUGCUGUGCGGCGAAGAUGGGAGUGUCGACAUCUCCGACUUCCUCUCGGAAGAGAUCACCGGUCCCGGCAAGUUCACAACCCGCACAGGCGAGGCGUCGCGCUUCGAAGAACCAGCGAUGAACCAGCUUAUCAACGAUAUCUUCGGGGAUACGUACAUCACCCUCAACUGCAAGAGUGGAGAGUGUCUGAGGCUGGGGGACGUGCCGGGAUUUGUGCGCCCGCCGAAGCCGACUUCGAGGACUUGGGUCGUCUUGAGCAUCGUCGCCGUCGUUGCGGUCCUGCUGCUCGGCCUGUUCCUCUUCUGGUACCUCGGUCGCGGCAGCACCUCUUCAGUCGAGUACUCCUUCCUCGGCGGCCGCAUCCGCCUCCCUAUGAACGGCCACUCGUCGCCCUCCUCCAGCGGCGCCGACGCCAGCAAGUCCCUGCUCGAAGACCACGUCCCCGCCGCCCUGCAAUUCUCCAACCUCUCCUACACCCUUCCCUCCUCGUCAGGCGGCCGCCGCGUCCUCGAUUCGAUCACCGGCUCCGUCCAGCCAGGCGAAAUCAUGGCCGUCCUCGGCGCUUCGGGCGCCGGGAAAUCGACGUUCCUUGACCUUCUCGCACGCAAGUCGAAGCGCGGGACGGUCGAGGGCGAGAUACUCGUCAAUGGCCGACAUGCGUCAGAGACGGAGUACCGCCGCGUUGUUGGCUUUGUCGACCAGGAGGACACCCUUAUGGGUACCCUAACCGUCUACGAGACGGUGCUGUACUCUGCGCUGCUGAGGUUGCCGAGGGAGAUGAGCUUCGAGGAUAAGAGGUUGAGGACGUUGGAGACGAUGCAUGAGUUGGGGAUCUUGGGGAUCAGGGAUAGUCGAGUUGGCGAGAGCGGGGCGAGGGGGAUCUCGGGCGGUGAGAAGAGGCGCGUGUCGAUCGCUUGCGAGUUGGUGACAAGCCCAUCGAUCCUCUUCCUUGACGAGCCGACCUCGGGCCUCGACUCCUACAAUGCAUUCAACGUGAUCGAAUCCCUCGUCCAGCUUGCCCGGACCUACAAGCGCACAGUGGUUUUCACGAUCCACCAGCCGCAGUCCAACAUCGUCGCCCUCUUCGACAAGCUCAUCCUCCUCGCGCAUGGCAAGGUCGUCUACUCGGGACUGGCGGAGGCGAGUCAGGCGUACUUGGAUAAGAUUGGGUGCGCGUGUCCGCCUGGGUUCAAUAUCGCCGACUACCUUAUCGACUUGACGAUGCAGAACGAAAAGUCGUCGGCCUCGUCGGAUGCAUCAGUCGAGGACGCCUUGAUCCAGCUCGACGGUUCCAGGCGCGACCCCGAACUCGGCGUCGGUUCUCCCGCACGUCGGUCGACUGGGGCUCCUUCCAUCGACGGCGACGAGACGGAGCUCGAGACGCGCAACGGAUCAGUUCGGUCGAACGCCAGCAACGGCCUCAAGCGGUUCCUGCCCUCUUCCCUCGGCGGUACAUCGACUCCUUCCGACCAGCCCGCUCCGCCACCUCACAUCGCUCGCCUCGUCGACGCAUAUUCAUCGAGCGACGUCGCUCGCUCCACGCGGGACGAGAUCGCCGCAGCCAAGCGGGACGCCGCACGAGGCGCAGGAGGCGGAACGGCGGACGGCGCAAACGGCGCGAUGAUCUUGCGGAACUACAAGCGCGCGGGUUGGUGGAGCCAGUUCACGAUUCUGAGCGGAAGGAGCUUCAAGAACUUGUACCGCGACCCGAUGCUCAUGUUGUCGCACUAUGCGGUGGCGGUCAUCGCUGCCGGCAUCUGCGCUUUCCUUUUCCGCGGCUUGACCCUCGACAUCCCCGGCUUCCAGAAUCGCAUGGGCCUGAUCUUCUUCGCCCUCGCCCUCUUCGGCUUCGGCUGCCUCACCACCCUCGCGACCUUCUCCUCCGAGCGCCUCCUCUUCACGCGGGAGCGCGCCAACGGGUACUACAACCCGCUCACCUACUUCGCCGCCAAGCUCCUUUUCGACGUCAUCCCUUUGCGAGUCAUUCCGGCAUUCGUCUUCGGCGCGAUCGUCUAUGCGCCGGUUGGACUCGUCCCGGAAGUCGUCUCGUUCUGGCGGUUCAUCCUCGUCCUGGUCUUGUUCAAUCUGUCGGCGUCGAGCGUCGUCCUCCUCCUCUCGAUUGUCAUCAAGAACGCGGGAGUCGCCAACCUCGUCGGCAGUCUCGUCAUGCUCUUCAAUCUCCUCUUCGCCGGCCUGCUCAUCAACCGAGACAAGCUGCCGUGGUUCCUCCAGUGGCUCGAGACGUUCUCGUUCUUCCAUGCGGCAUUCGAGGCGCUCCUCGUCAACGAGGUCCGGUACCUGCAGCUCAAGGACCACCGCUACGGCGUCGACAUCGAGGUCCCCGCCGCAACCAUCCUAUCCAUGUUCGGCUUCCAGGCGCAGGCCUUCUGGUUCCCCGACGUCACCCUCCUCCUGUGUUACUUCGGCGGCUUCACCAUCCUCUCGUAUCUCUCGCUCGUCCUCUUCGUCCGCGAACGACGCUAG